GCAAAUGAGGGCGGGUCUGAGGCUCUGAAGACUUCAUUGUGGAUCCAGCAGAACCAUCAGAACUCUGCUGCAACAACAAAACCAUGACGCUUGAGGACAAUAGCGGAGAACACACGUCUGAAAGGAUGGAGUCUGUGGCUCAAGCCUUGGAGGAGGUUCUGAGUGCCGCCUUACCUCAAGGUUGCGUCACUGUCGGCGUCUACGAGGCCGCCAAGUCUCUCAAUGCAGAUUCCGACAACGUGGUUCUGUGCGUGCUGGCUUCUGAUGACGGCGACCAGCAGGACGUGGCCCUGCAGAUCCACUUCACACUCAUCCGCGCCUUCUGCUGCGACAACCACAUCGACAUCGUGCACGUCGCCAACACCCGCCGUCUGGCCGAGCUGGUGGGAGGGGCCAAGGCUGCGGGGGAACCGCUGGACCCGCACUGUGUUCUGGUCACGGUGAAACCCGCAGACCUGGUCCUGGAAGAGCUCGGCGCUUGGGAAGCUCCAAAGGUUCUGCGGGGACAGCCGGCGCUGGGACCAGUGGGUUCCGAUGGUCCACCUGCCGGACCGAUGAAGUCCGCCCCGCUUGUAAAAGUGUGCAGUGUUGACCUCGGACUCUUCGGAAGGGAAGCAGGAAGCUGGACCGGGUCGGGAAGGAGUUGACUCAGCAGUCCGGCUCCCGGGUUCCUCGACGGGAACCAGGAGAGCGGUCCGAGAUCUUUGUGACGAUGACGACGAGGAAGGUUGUUGUAGUCGCCGUUGGAGCUCACUGGACUUCAUGUCGCGAGUCAACAAGUUCUGGUUCCAGAAGCUUCUCCUGCUGCAAAUGGUUCACACUUGGCUGUUUGUGCAGAGAUAAAAAAAGAGAAUCAAUAACAAUGCCGAACACACCUGUUGUUUGCUCUUUACCAACUUGUUGCCAUGGUAACAAGGAAGCAGUUGAUCAGCAUCACAAGCAAUAAACUUCCAUUCAGGAUCCCAUCUUUUGGCGAAAAAUUGGGUGCCCGUGCCAAAUAAGUCUCUGUGCCAAGUCUUGGUUCAAGGAACAUAUUCAGACUGCUGCUUUUUCUUCAAGACAAUUUUAGGUCUUUAACGUGCACCAAAAGUCCCCAUAUUGGGAAAAUGAACUUUUAAAAUUGGCUCGCGAGCGCCACCUUUAAAAUGAGAAAAAAAAAUGAGCCACGCCUACCCGUUUCACAUAUCGACAUGAAAAUAGCAGGAGACGUCUAUCCUGACGGGACGCACAUAAAAGUCCCACCGACCCAUAGCUGAAAACUAACAGGUAGUUUUUCGUCUUCCAUUUUGGGCGGAAAAAAAGGGUGGUACUUUAAGGCACUGAAUGAGUGGCGGUUGAUUGACAGAAACUACACUUAUAGGACAUGAUGAAUUGCCAACAAAGUUUUCCUACGCCAUAGGAUGUGGGCGUGGCAUGGCGCCAAACCGCGCUCCGAUUAUCGGACAUUUUUUAGCUAAGAAAAGGGGUUUUGCUCCAACCUCCUGCCAUACCCCCCUUUGCUGGUUUUACUGUGCGAGUGGAUUCUAAUUUUUUAAAUCCUGUUUGAAAUUUCUGAUCAAUUGUGAGGGCACCAAAGGGACAGCUACUUGUUGGCUGUAGGGCUGUGGAACUUUGGGCACCGCACAAUUCCACUUGAUUUGAUUCUUGGGGGGAAAAAUUAGAUUCAGAAUUGAUUUAAAAUCUAUACUUUUUAAUAACAUUGGGUGAUUAACUACAUUCCUGAUGGACAGCUCUGAUACAUUUGAUACACUUUUACUUUACUUAAAAGAAAACUGGUUUUGUUUAAUAAAAAGCUUCCAAAACAUUUAAUAAAAUCAAAUACAAAUAAGGCAACAAGAGAAGUAUCCAACACUUCUCUUUUCUAAAGUAAAUGUGUACAUCAGAUAUAGAUCAACUACAUCUACUAUAUGAUUUGUCUGAGUGGCUGGACAGGAGAAAUUUCAAUAAAAAAAAAAAAAAAAAAGUAUAUAUGUGUAUAUAAAUAUAUAUUUUUUUCUUAAAUCGAUUGGGAAAUGUUACAAACAAGAAUGUACUUAAAAACCCAUUUGUUGCCCCCUAUAGGACAGUUUAGUUUGCCGUUGUUGUUUUUGGCUUGUUAAUAAAGAGAAUGUUGAUCCAUCA